CGAGUCUUCACGGAAAGACUAGAAAACUAAAUCGAGGAAUAACUUGUAAUGGAGGGAAAUUUGAUUUUAUUUGGUUUUGGUCUUCUUGUGACGGCAUUUUUCUCCAUUUUCCUUGGAAUUAUCCUCUACAUUUCGUACGUCCGGAACAUUUACAGUCACAUUCCUCAACCGAAACCUCUUCACUUCUUGCUUGGACAUCUACCCCUCUUCAAAGAGGUUGCCAAAAAUGGACCAGUUACGACAAAAAUGGUUGAGUGGAGCAAAGAACUGGGUCCAGUGUACUGUCUCCACAUUGUUUUCAGAACUACAAUCGUUUGUGAUGACUCAACAGUUAUCAAGGUAACUUCAGUUUAGAAUUGAAUUAUUAUUCUGAUUGAACUAUUAUUGUAUUAAAACAUAGGGGGUAUUCUGAGGAGAGU